AUGGCAUCGGCCCAGAAUGAGGCCAAGACUGAUGUGUUGAAGUUACACAUGGCCACCGCACAUGACUGGGAAACUGACAAAAACAGAAAGAAGGAUAUCUUUGAUGAUGGAACAAUGUCCUUUUUCUGGCGUGCCCAUACUGUGACGGUGCUGGUGUUGUUUGCUUGCUGUCUUCUAUACAUUGCACUGUUUGAGGAACAAGUGAACGACUCGGAUUACAAUAGUAAAAGAGGAGUGGUUGCUAUGGUGUUGGCAUUCCUCCUUUUUGGGGUAACACAGACACCAGACGGACCAUUCAGGAGGCCACAUCCAGCGUUUUGGAGAUUGGUGCUCUGUGUCAGCAUUGUUUACGAACUAUUUCUAGUCUACCUUCUAUUUCAGUCAACUUAUGAAGCUCGGCAAUUGCUUACUCACUUUGAUGACAGACUCGGAAGACAGAUGCCUGAAAAAGCUUAUGGAGGAAAUUGUUACAUUUAUGAUCCGGAUCAUUCUGAUCCCUUUCAUAAUUUAUGGGACAAAUUAGAUGGAUUUGUUCCUACUCACUUCUUUGGUUGGUGGGCAAAGACUCUGAUACUGAGGGAUUGGUGGCUUUGUACUGUAUUGAGUAUCAUGUUUGAGAUACUCGAGUAUACCCUGGAACACCAGCUGCCAAACUUUAGUGAGUGCUGGUGGGAUCACUGGAUCAUGGAUGCUUUAGUAUGUAAUGGUCUAGGGAUCUAUCUUGGUAUGAAAACACUCAACUACCUAUCUAUGAAACCAUAUCAUUGGAGAGGCAUGUGGAAUAUACCUACAUACAGUGGAAAGAUCAAGCGAUUUGCUCUCCAAUUUACACCAUACAGUUGGACAGAUUUCGACUGGAAACCACUGUCCAGUCUCAAACGCUGGUUUGCCAUGCUAGGUGUGAUAGCUUUUUUCCUACUGGCAGAACUAAACACUUUCUACCUCAAGUUUGUAUUAUGGAUUCCUCCAGAACAUUACCUCAAUCUUACUCGCCUUGUCCUCUUUUUGUUCAUGGGUGCAGCUGCACUGCGGGAAACCUUCCAGUAUCUUGAUGACCCGACCUGCAAAACGUUUGGUCGCCAGUCUUGGCUAAUAUCAGCCAUUAUUAUCACAGAAGUACUGAUCAGUCUCAAGUUUGGUUGGCAGACGAUCAGUAAGCCCCUUCCUACCCAUGUGACUCUCUUCUGGAUACUUGGUCUGCUAGGCCUGGUCCUUCUGACAGUGUGGAAGUUUUACAUCUACCGUGAUGUUAAAAGUGAUGUACCGUUAUCAGACCACCCAUUGGAUGGACUAAAUAACGGUCAUAAAGGUGGCUAUACUAGGAUGUCAAAAGAACAAAAUGGUCACUCAAAAGUGAGACAGCGUUUUCAAUAUUCCUGAUAUUUGAAUGUUUAACAUUGCCAUUGAUUGGGAUUGCAGAGACAUGACAUCUCAUUGGUUUGUUAUGGAGGACACAUCAAGUGGAUAUUUGACAAUAAGAUAUGGUUACAACAGUUUCAUUUUCAACAUUGACUCAUUGUACAAUAUACUUAGUUGACUUUGUAGUUCAUUUCGUUAACAUCCAAUCUUAAAAUAAAUC